AUGAAGCCCAAGGGUAAAGCAACGCUAAGGCGAAGUUCGGUGGAGGAAUCAUUCUAUGCUUCCCCGUUGUAUGAUUUUUUAUACCCUUUUCGACCUGCUGGGAGCCAAUGGUUGACGGAGUACGUGAUUGUGCUAUUUGCCCUGAUUAUAGCUUGUGCCGUCGGUUUGGGAAACUACUCUGGAUUCAACACUCCACCAAUGUUCGGUGAUUUUGAAGCCCAACGGCAUUGGAUGGAAUUGACUCAGCAUCUGCCACCUUCUCAAUGGUAUUGGUUUGAUCUGGAAUACUGGGGUUUGGAUUAUCCGCCAUUGACAGCAUACCAUUCCUAUAUAUUGGGCAAGAUUGGGUCGUUCAUAAAACCAGAAUGGUUCCGUCUAAAUGAGUCUCGAGGAUAUGAGUCGCCUGAUUUGAAGACUUUUAUGAGAUUCACGGUUCUACUCAGUGAAGCAUUGUUUUAUAUACCAGCGGUAGUCUACUUUACAAAGUGGUUGGGCAAGCAUCGGAAUCAAUCACCUAUCGGACAGUUCAUUACAGCUGCAACCAUACUAUUUCAGCCCUCUUUGAUGCUAAUAGACCACGGGCAUUUCCAGUACAAUUGCGUCAUGCUAGGUUUGACCGUUUAUGCGAUCAAUAGUCUUCUCGAAGAAUUUUACGCUGCCGCAGCAGUUUGUUUCGUGCUGUCUAUAUGUUUUAAGCAAAUGGCCCUGUAUUACGCUCCGAUAUUCUUCUCAUAUUUGCUGAGUAAGGCGCUUUUUUCUCCGAGAUUCAACUUUCCUCGACUUUUGUCCAUUGCUGUUGCUACCUUGUCUUCAUUUGCUGCUGUUUACGCUCCCUUAUAUGUUCUUGGAGGUGGGUUGCCCAAUGUGCUACAAUCAGUCCACCGUAUUUUUCCCUUCGCCAGAGGAAUAUUUGAAGACAAAGUGGCCAAUUUUUGGUGUGUUACCAACAUUUUUUUCAAAUACAAAGAGGCUUUUACUCAGGAUGAGCUUCAGCUAUACUCAUUGAUUGCAACGUUGGCAGGUUUCUUGCCAGCAGCCUUCGUUAUUUUCUUGUACCCCAAGAAGCAUAUCAUUUACUAUGCGCUGGCCACCUGCUCAAUGUCUUUUUACCUCUUCAGCUUUCAAGUCCAUGAGAAGACAAUAUUGGUCCCAUUACUGCCAGUAACGUUGCUUUAUACCUCUUCUAACUGGGAUGUGCUUUCGCUCGUUAAUUGGGUAAACAAUGUCGGGCUGUUCACUCUAUACCCGCUGUUGAAGAAAGAUGGUCUGACUUUACAAUACUACGUUUGUUUCGCGCUAAGCAACUGGCUAAUUGGAAAUUUCAGCUUUGUAACACCAAAGUUCCUCCCCAGCUUCUUAACACCCGGCCCAUCAGUGAGCAGCAUCGAUAUAAACUAUAGACGCCGCAGCUUACUUCCACGUAACAUUGUGUGGAAGGUUGUGAUUGUCGGCUCAUAUGUGUCAAUGGGUAUUGUGCAUGUAUUGGACUUAUUUUUCAUCCCCCCUGCCAAGUACCCUGAUUUGUGGGUUCUUUUCAACUGUACAAUAGGGUUUGUCUGUUUUUUGUUGUUCUGGCUUUGGAGUUAUUACAUGUUGUUCACUAUGCCUAGCAAAUCUUUGCAACAGCUCUGA